AUGAAAUGGGACAAGGAACAAGGUUACCAACAUGAGGUGGUUCGGGCUAAUCGGACCCAUCCUAUAUCCGAAACCAGAAACGUGAAUCGGGUCGGGUCACAACCCGUUAACCCAUCCGGAUCGUUCACUUGGGUGUCCCCGACCAGGCCCAAGCUGACAUGCAAGUGUUGCGGUCAGCCUCCGUGUAACGGGUGUCACUUGCGGCCAUCGUGGAAAGCAAAGGACAAGACUAAAGGGACACGUAGGCUUAAAUCAAACGACACCGUUUUGGUUUAUAAGGAUUUGCUUUCUGGGUUUUCUGCCACCGCCAUUUUGGAUCUUUUUGAUCGUGAUUAUCAAAUCAAGUACUCCAUUUACGAUACUUGUGAGAAAGACCAGCAGGAGGAGGAAGAAGAAGAAGUUGACUGUGAUUAUGAUAUCUAA